GUGGAUUCCAGAAAUGACGCUACGUGUUGGAUUGAUCGUGUUUUGCGUCAUCUUAAGCAUUGGCGCUGGCGCUAUUGGUGCUGAGAGCAGUGACAAUGUUAAAAAUUCAACGGAUGGGAAGCUCGGAUUAAAGUUUGAGUUGAUUCUCUCCAAGUUACAGAUGAUAGAACACAAAUUGCAGAAGACGGAUGACAAGCUGCAAAGAAUAGAGAAAGACGUCGAACGGGUGCUACAAAAACAGGAUAUUCAACAUCUCUAUUCCUCAUGCAAGGAAAUACCAUCGAACGUGUCGGGAACAUAUCAGAUACGCGUAAGGAAUGAUGGUGUUAGUGUUCCAUUCGAAGUAUAUUGUGAACAGCGGAAGUUUGGAGGUGGGUGGAUCGUCAUCCAGCAUCGAUUCGACGGUUCAUUGGACUUCUACCGUAAUUGGAAUGAGUUUCGUGAUGGAUUCGGUGAUUUCGAUAAAGAGUUUUGGUUGGGUUUGGAAAAAGUGCAUCAGAUAACAAGGAAUAAAAAGCAUGAGCUGAUCAUUGAGUUGAAAGACUUUAACGGAACCUACGCAUACGCACGAUAUGAUGGAUUUGAAUUAGGGGGUGAAGGUGAAGAGUAUGUCCUGAAGCGACUGGGAGAGUAUAGUGGUACAGCUGGUGAUUCAAUGUCGUACAACAAGGACGAAAGGUUCUCAACGAAAGACCGCGACAAUGAUCAGAACGAAGAAUUACAAUGUGUUCAUGAUCGUGAAGGUGCAUGGUGGCACUUUGGUUGCACCGAUGUGAAUUUAAACGGACGCUAUAUUAACGCAGACGAUAAAAAAUCAAUGUAUUGGGAAGAUUUCAAAAAGCGACAAGGAUUGAGCUACUCGCGAAUGAUGAUCCGGUAGGUGGCAAAGGCAUUUCGCGUUAAAUCACUCGAACGGAAUAGUGAAUUGAUCCUUCAACAAUAAUGAAUCGUAACGAGAUGGAAUAAAAACGCAGUUU